GAAAGGUCAUCAUACCGGAUAUUCCGUAUGUCUCUCUACCAUGUGGAAAAACAUAUGCGGUCGGGAUGGGUAGUAAUGUGUAUGGUGAAUAUUUCCUUAGUCAAUUGAAGAAACCUAUGUUUUCUUAGCGACACUUUUGGACAAUAUACCAUUUUAAAUUCGUGACUUUGCAUCUAAUAACGAUUCUGUUGGCUGAUUCACAAACGGAAACAUCAGCGAGGAAUCCACACAACAUGGACGAAACCAGUCCAAACCCUGCAUCUAGGGGCAAAGUUUUGAAAAGAGCGCCCAGUGCCAUUGUGGACAGUGCAGAGCCCACCGAAGAGUCCAAGAGACAGAAACACCUCGAAAAAGCGAGGGCGUUGGGCGAAAAGGACGAAUCUGAAAAGUUGCUUGAAGACCUGGUGUUUGGUGCUGAGGACAAGCUGGUUGAAAAACUGACUUGGAAGGAUGAAGUGGGCAGCAGCCUUCUUGAGGAAGAGUCAAGCGAUUCAGAAGUUGAGAAUGAAGCACGACUCGAGGUUCCUGCCGCCAGGAGAGCUGUCUGGGAUGAUGAUGACGACGAUGAAGACGCUUCAGCGGAUGCAGAGGUGGACAUGACCCACAAGUACCGCCGAGAUUUUAUGAAAGGCGAUGCCGAAAAAACUCUCUCCAAGCAGAAACUGCAGCAGAGGCUCCAAGAACAGUUCCGGAGGGCAAUGGGUGGAACUCCAUCAUGGGCAGAGAAAGGGGUGAAAAACAAGAGGAAAGAUAAGAAGAAUGCUGACGAUGACGACGACGAUGAUGAUGAUGAAGAUGACGACUUGUUGCGUAAAACGGGGAACUUUGUGGCCUCAUCAGAAAGCCUUCCCAAAGGAAUCAUACAGAUCAAGAAGUGCUUGGAAGCCAACAAUGACCGUCCCGCGGAAGGCCGGCUGACCUCAGUACAGUUUCACCCCUCGGCUCAGGUCGUCAUGACGGCAGGAGUGGACCAGAACAUCAGUCUCUUCCAGGUUGAUGGGAAAAGCAACCCCAAGAUCCAGAGCCUCCAUCUGGAGAAUUUCCCGGUGCACAAGGCCCAGUUCAGCGCAGACGGGGAGCAAGUGAUCGCCACCAGUAACUACAACAAGUUAUUCUACGUCUACGACAUGAUGGAGGGGAAGGUCAUCCCUGUGUACAUGGUCAGAGGUUUAAAUGAGAAAAAAGUGAAGGAAUUCCAGGUUUCUCCAGACGGGAUGUUCCUUCUGCUCAGUGGGACCUCUGGAUAUCUUCACCUGGUUACCAUGAAGUCUAAAGAACUGGUCCGAAGCUUCAAGAUCAACGGGGAAGUCGCGGGAGCAGCCUUCUCGCAGGACGGCAGCAGAAUAUACGUCAGCUCAGAUGAAGGAGAGGUAUUCAUUUGGGAUUUGAAAAGGAACAAGUGCUUAAACCGAUUCACGGACGACGGCUCGUUAAGGGGAACCUCGAUUGCUGUGUCCAAAAACGGGCAGUAUAUCGCUUGUGGGUCGAGCUCUGGCGUGGUGAACGUGUACGAUCACGACGCCUGUCUGCAGGAGUCCAACCCCAAGCCGCUGAGGGCCAUCAUGAACCUGCUGACGCCCGCCACCUCCCUGCGCUUCAACGCCACCACCGAGAUCCUGGCCAUCGCCUCCAACACCGCGGACGAAGCCGUCCGGCUGGUCCAUGUUCCCAGCUUCACGGUCUUCUCCAAUUUCCCUGUGUCCAAGCGGAGCUUCCUGUUCCACCCGCAGUGCCUAGACUUCUCCCCAAACAGCGGCUUCCUCUCUGUGGCCAACGACAAGGGCAGGGCCCUACUCUACCGGUUGAAACAUUACUCAGACUUUUAGGAUAUAUUUUAAGGCAGCCCUGUGUCAGCAGGAGGAUGACCGCACGCCCUCCGUCAUAGAGACUGAGAGACUGAGAGACUGAGAGACUGAGAGACUGAGAGACUGAGAGAGUGAGAGAGUGAGAGAGUGAGAGAGUGUGAGAGAGUGGGCAGGUGUGUGGCCCCACAAACCACUUUCCAUGUCUUCAGUCCUCUCAACAGAAUUCAUCUUUUUGAACAUUUGAACAGGCUGCUUAUGUUUGCGUGCAAAAUAAAAUGUUUUCUACACGUUCUUCCAGAUAA